GUAACACUUAAAAGUGAUAUUAUAAAUCAGUAAUAAUACCUGGUAUAUUAUCUGUGACAAUACUACUAUGGUAGUAAAUAAGCAUGUAGUCAACAGUUACUGUAGUCUAUGGACGACUGUAACACCAGGAAUAAAACGCGCGCGUUGUCGACCCUAACAAUUUUCUUACGUCUUUUUUGUAGAGCUCCAUACUGUAAUCUCUAGAGAAAACCUCGGCAGGGAGGUCAUUUCACGACUUGAGCGUUUGUAGAAUGAAGCUUUUCUUAAAAUUCUGGCUGCUAUAUAUAUCUACUCGCUGAUAAUGUAGUUUUUGUGAGUGAAAGAAUUUUCAAAAUCGGUCGAGUAGUUUUUGAGUUCAUCCAUUACAGACAAACAUGCAAAAACCUAAUUUUUCCUUUUUACAAGAAGAUAACUUUAUAAAUUUCCACUUUUGUUUAGACGGCGCUGAGUUCGAGUACAUAGUGGUAGGAGCAGGCGCGGCGGGCGCGGCCGCUGCUGCCCGCCUCGCUCUCGCCGGAGCACGCGUGCUGCUCGUGGAGGCGGGCGGAGACCCCGGCCUCAUCUCCAAGGUACCUGCCGCGUCAAUGGCGUUGUUGGGCUCCAAUCUGGAUUAUCAAUACGAGACUAUAUCGAACAACGUAUCGUGCCUCUCGUCAGAGAAUAGAGCUUGUCGAGCCAGCCGGGGCAGGUGUCUCGGAGGCUCAACUAGUAUCAAUUACAUGAUGUAUAUCCGCGGAAAUCUACAAGACUUCGACAGCCUCGGCAUCGAAGGCUGGUCGUGGAACGACAUGAUACCUUACUUUUUACGUUACGAAGGAUUAACGGAUUUGAGUCAGCUACCUUCGUCUUCCAUACCGUACCACAAUACGACGGGCACUAUGAAGAUUGGCUUCUUCAAUAACUCCGAUAACUCUUGGCGUUCCAGAAUAAUUGAUGGGUUUAAUGCAUUAAAUAUUCCGUAUAAUGCUGAUGUAAAUGCAAUUUCACAGAUCGGUGUCUCCCAAGUCAUUGGAUAUGUAUAUAAAAAUCAACGAAUGAGUACAGCAAGAGGUUACCUGGAAAGAGAUGAUGUGAAGAGGAAACUGAAAGUGGCCAAGUACACCAGGUGCACAGGAGUUAUCAUAGACGAUGACAAUGUGGCUCGUGGCAUUACGGUCGUUCAUGGACCUUUUAAUGCUACAUUACGACUCUAUGCGUCGCGGGAGGUUAUAUUAAGCGCGGGGGCGCUCGUCACUCCACAGUUGCUUAUGUUGUCGGGCAUUGGUCCUGCUGAUCAUUUAAACGAAAUGGGUAUACCAGUUCGCGUAGACUUAUCUGUAGGUGAUAACAUGACCGAUCACGCAUUGUCUUUGAUAUUUAUUAAGGUCGAGCGAAACUCGAGCUUAUUGAAAGCCUUCUUCAAAAGUUUUGGGAGAAUAAUUGAUUUUCUAAUUGAUGUAUUAUUUACACAAGGCAAGUCUCACGGUUCUAUCGACAUAACUGACAUCAUUGCUUUUGUGAAUACACUGUGUUAUGAUUUUGAGAAAGAACAACUUAAGAAUAAUAGUGCUGACUGUGCAUUGCCAACAACACAGUUCAUACUUGCGUAUAUAGAUAAAGGUUUGAUCCAACUCGGAUCAACUUUCUUUCAACAAAGUACAGGACUAAAUCAUAUUAUCACUAAACAAUUAGGCAAAAUUAAUGAAAAAUAUGCUUUUUUAUUACUAUCAUCUCUAGUACUGCAACCAAGGUCUAGCGGUACGGUGCGGUUGGCAAGCGUGGACCCACUUCAAGCGCCUGCCAUUUUCCCUAAUUACCUAUCGGACGAACGCGACGUGGACGAGAUAGUGCGUGGCAUUCGGAUUACAGAGCAGUUGACGGAGACGCCGGCGUUCAAGGCUGUGGGCGCGUCGCUGGUGCGGCUGGAGCUGGAGGGCUGCCCCUCCAGCUCGCAAGACUCGGCCGCGUACUGGCGCUGCUACGCGCGCCACCUGACGUACUCCACGUUCCAUUCGGUGGGCACGAGCGCGCUGGGCCGCGUACUAGACACACGGCUGCGCGUGCGUGGAGUGGCACGCCUGCGCGUGGCCGACGCGGGCGCGCUGCCGCGGCUACCGCGUGGCAACACCGCCGCCGCCGUCAUCGCGCUUGGAGAGAGGCUCGCGGAUUUCCUUCUAGAGGAUAAUAUUAAUUAA